AUGGCAGAAGAGAUUCCCCUGGAAAACCGUCACCGCCGUGAGAAUAGUGCCGCCACGUAUCACAGACGGACCUGGUCGGAACGAGAUGUUGCAAACGAGGCUGAUGGCCUGAUCCCCGACACUCCUCCCACCCAGCCCGAGACGAACCCCCAAGAUGGCUUCGCGACACGAUUCCGACAGGCUGCUUCGAGACUGGGAGAACGACUGGGACGUGAUCCAGACGACGGGGACGCGUUGGAUGCCAGUCUUCACCCUGACGGGUACGGCGCUAUCGACGAUAUGCAGCUGGCAGACCUAAUGGAGGCAGACCUCCAUGAUGACGCGUUUCGUUUGAAGCUGCGAAAUGCGCUGGAUUCCGAGGCGCAUGCUCUGGCCAGAGGACUGGGACUGCGAAAUAUGCAUCCCAAAGGACAGGCUGUGGAGAAUGGUGCGGACGUUAAUGGCGGAGUGCUGUCGCACCUCAUGCAGAGUUAUACCGGCCAUCGACGCCAUUUCAGCGAAAGUACCCUGUCCGUUACCUCUGUAGAGUCGACCGCUUCCCAAGAGUCGCAGACUGGCAAGAAGAAAAAGCCGCGAAAGCAGAAAUGGUACGAUGAGGACGAGAACGAGCCUCGCAGCAACGGGAAAGGCAAGGGCAAGGGCAAGAACAAAGGGAAAGGAAAGAAGCGCCAGGUCCAACUGACCGAGAGAGUCGGCGCUAUUUUGGCCCGCCAGCAAUAUAUGAUCCGACUCUGCCGUGCGUUGAUGAAGUACGGCGCCCCAACGCAUCGACUUGAGGAAUACAUGCAGAUGACUGCCAACGUCUUGAGUGUCCAGGGCCAGUUCAUGUAUCUUCCGGGUUGCAUGAUCAUGUCUUUUGAUGACCCCUUGACGCAUACAGCCGAGGUAAAAGUGGUCAGCGUGGCACCGGGCCUGGAUUUGGGGCGGCUGGCCAUGACGCACAACGUCUAUAAGAAAGUGAUGCACGGCAAAUUGGAGGUGGACCAGGCGAUCUCAGACCUGGAUGAACUGAUGAAGCGCAAGAAUCGCUAUCACGAACCCUGGGUUAUGGUAAUUUUGUCCGGCCUGGCCAGCGUGGCCGUAGGGCCUUGGGGUUUCAACGCUCGUCCGAUCGACAUGCCCAUCAUCUUUUUGCUCGGCUGUCUGCUGGGUAUCCUGCAGCAUGUACUUGCCCCGGCAUCAGCGAUGUACUCAAAUGUGUUCGAAGUCAGCGUGGCGAUCCUGGUUUCUUUCUUGGCCCGCGCAUUUGGGAGCAUUCGGGUAGACGGGGAGGCGGUAUUUUGCUUUCCUGCUAUGGCGCAAGCUUCAAUUGCAUUGAUUCUUCCGGGAUACUCAGUUCUGUGCAGUAGCCUGGAAUUGCAGUCUCAUCAGAUUGUGGCCGGGUCCAUCCGACUGGUGUACACAAUUAUCUACUGUUUAUUCUUGGGUUACGGAGUCACGGUUGGAAUCACAAUAUACGGCCUCAUUGACAGCAACGCAACGACAGAGUCCGCCUGUCCGGCGGAUAGUCUGCUCGUGUAUGGAAGCGACUACAUUCAGCGUUUCGUCUUUGUGGCAAUAUACUGUGCCAUAGCCGGCGUCAUCAACCAAGCCAAGUGGAAACAAAUCCCCAUGAUGGUCUUCCUCGGCUUGAGCGGGUACGUGACUAACUAUUUCGCCAACAAGGCGCUGGACGGGAGAUUAGCCAGUACGAUCGGAGCUUUUACGAUUGGACUGCUUGCUAAUCUGUAUUCACGAGUGUGGCACGGCCAUGCAGCUGCCGUGAUUGUGCCGGGGAUGUUCACAUUAGUCUCAUCAGGUUUGGCGACCAGCGGAUCAAUUAUGUCUGGAUUGGCUUAUGCUGCCGCUGUGAAGAACAAUACGGCCGCCGACGAUAGUCCCUCCAGUGACUCGUUGCAUGACUCUUUAUCUGGAUUGGGGUAUAGCAUGGUGCAGACCGCACUAGGUAUCACCGUCGGACUGUUCCUGUCAGCUUUGGUCGUUUAUCCAUACGGUAAAAGAAGGAGUGGAUUAUUCAACCUGUGA